UUCACAUGACGUAUCCAAGAGCUGUUGAUAGGUGGUGGGGUCUAGGGGGAUCCCGGGCAGAGACCCGUCGCGUCGCGCGUUCUCUGCCCGCUUGCUCGGCAAGUCCAGUUUUCGAGUUGGAAAUCCCCGUGAAAUCGCGGAUCCUCUCCAAUAAAGCGCAGGUCUAUGUAGCCACUGUACUUAUUACCAGGGAAAUGCUGCAAGCACACUCAUCCAACUUUCGCGAAUCGCUAGAACACUGGAAAACUCGCGCCAAAAUGUGUUCAAAUAGCAAGUACAGGUGCGGUUGCGUUCAAAUGGUCAGGAGCAACGAGCUAUUACUCUGUGAUGCCGUCUACAACUAUUUCAAAUCACACGCGAAGAUGCAAGGUAGUACGAAGCACCACGAUCCAAGCUGCAGUUGCCAAGAAUGCGAGGAAAAAGAUGUACCUGUACCAGUGAUGGAGAGCGAAGCUCUGAACUUGUCAGCGCCGAGCACGAGUCGGGAGAGGAAGCCAGUUAGGCGGAAGGAGUUCAAGUGCAACGACUGUGAUAAAACGUUCACCCACAAAGGGGAUUACAACAAACACCUGAGGAUACAUUCCGGGGAGAAGCCGUACACCUGCACCGUUUGCGACAAGAAGUUCGCUCACACCUCCAACCUGACGAGACAUUUGAACGUGCACUCGGGCUUGAAGCCCUUCCACUGUGAUAUUUGCGACAAGAGUUUUGCCAGGAAGGACAAACUGGAGGCGCACAGAAACACCAAGAUCUGCUCGAAACGAAGAAUCAAUUCACCUCAGUGAUUUAUUUAUUAUAGAACGCUUAAUUUAAUAAAUUAUAUUUGUAUAUA